AUGGCAAAUCUAGAAUCCAGAAAGCACGUCUCGCCCGAUUCCGGGUUUCCCAUCUCUCUUCAUCCUCAUUUUCAUCCCAAGAUCAAAGACCACGUGCCCCCUGAGCCUGUCAGAGAGCAGAUAGUUCCCGACAAGGACAGGGCUUCUUUCGCGGACCCAGACAAGAAGGCCCUCUUCUCUGCAGCCAAACGAGUGGAUCUGACUGAGUCUAUCGGUACUGUCCUGGAAAAUGUUCAGCUGUCGCAACUUACGCCUCAGCAACUAGAUGAGUUGGCAUUCUUGGUGACGGAACGAGGCGUCGUCUUCUUCCGAGACCAAGACCUUACUACCGAAGGCCAGGUGAAGUUAUUCGAGCAUUACGGAACUCUCGACCGUCACCCGGCUCAGAAGGACGUCAAACAUGUCAUCAUAAAAGGAAGUCGCGAGGAUCAUCGAGAAAUACUCAAAUACACACCAUGGCCCUCUGGAGACUUUCACGCCGAUACCUCGUUCGAGGUGAACCCUCCGUCGUAUUCCUUGCUUCGCAUGGAAGAGCACCCUGAAGUUGGGGGCGACACUGCCUGGGUGUCUCAGUACGGUUUGUAUGAUGCGCUCAGCGAUGCCAUGAAGAAGUUUGUCGACGGGCUGCACGCAGUACACACCUCGAGGCUGCAAUAUGACACGAUUCUUGAUCUUUGGGGCGUUGGUCCAAACCGUCCUCCCAUUGAUUCGCAUCACCCCGCUGUCAGGACCCAUCCUGUUUCUGGUCUCAAGGCGCUGAAUGUCAAUCCUGGUUUUGUGACAGCCUUCGCAGAGUUGAAGAAAUAUGAGUCCGACAAGCUCCUCGAUUUCUUUGCCUAUCAUAUUCACUCAGCUGAUGACCAUGCUGUGCGAUGGAAGUGGGAAGUAGGCUCUAUAGCCAUGUGGGACAACAGGUCAGUCUAA